AUGUUGCUGUACUCCCAAGAGGUGAAUGGAGACUGCACGUCCAACGAGGAAGAUCUCAUUAUUGUGUUCUUCAUGGAACUUAAUAACCGCAUCUUCCAGAUCCUGUCCGAGGUGGCGGGGAGCGCUGAACCCAUCCUGACAGCGGAGCAUGUGAGGGCCAUGGGGCUGGACCCUCAGGGCGAUCGCUGCUGGAGGUGGGAGCAUGGAGAGGAUAAAGCCGGUCGACGCCCGGCCAAAAAGCGCGGCGGAUAUGAGCCUGCAGACGGGACGUGUCGGGGUCAUGACACGGGGCGAGGAGGCGCAUACGCUAAGACGAUACAAGAGUCUUAUCAAGGCUGCCCGUAUCAGCUUUUACACAGCAGGCCUGGCUGGGAGGCCUUCACCUCCCUCACCACCUUUCCCCCAGAGGCUUUCUGCUCGGCACUUGCAGGCUACUGUUGGUGGAUACGGUAUCUACAGAUGGCAGGCCUGGGAAAACUGGCGACCCGUCGUCAUCUCCUGGUUUCGAGAUGUGUGUCUCAUCUCCCUGGAUCCCCUCUGGACUCUGCUGCCUUCGUGGAUCUCGACCUCACGCCUGCCUUUGGACCACGACGCCUCGCUCCAGCCCCUGACCUCCUGCCUGUCCCUGGAUCUCCGAGCCUGCCUUGCUCUUUCUGGACUUCCGCACCAAUCUCAACACGCACCUUCGACACCACCUGCUAACACUCCUCAUAUACUUACCACACAUCGUCACAUUUGGGUUAAUCACACACUUCAUAUAUAUUUACAUAUUUCAAUAAACACGCUGCAAGCUAACAACGUCCCUACCUC